AACUCCUCCAUCUGCACUUGUCUCGGGCAGAACGAUCACUUAUGCAGCAGCGAUCUUGAAGUUUGUCUUCUUGGGAGUGUGGCUCCUUGUGCUGGAAGCAAUGCUGAGAGACUUGGAUAGGCUCCCGGGACGUUUGCUAAUGACUGCUUGCCUUAUUCUGUACUGUACGUCAUUGGGAAUUCUUGCUUUGGUUGGAAUUGCCUUGCACCGUGGUUUUCCUACCCUAGCCGAACUGUUAUUCGACGGAGGUUCAAUUUAGAGGGAACUUGCGAAGCACUUAAUAGGUCGUGUGGGUGCUGUGGAAGCAUUUUGGAAGAUGAGGCACAACGUAAACAAUGUAAGUCAGCAUGUGACUUGGCAACUUAUGUCUUCUGUCACGUGUGUGCUCUUUGUCAUGAGGGUCGUGGGCUCCGUCCCAGGUUACCUCAUCCUGGCUUUAAUGCUCAACCGGUACUGGUGAUGAUUCCCCCAGCCGAACAGACCAUGGGACGUGAAGCUUGAAGAUUCUCCAUCAUCUUGGAAGUGCUAUUCUUGUGUAUGUCACUGAUGCCUCUAUAAUUUGAUGUUGAACCAUGUUAUGACUUCAUCUAAGAAGGGACCGGGCUUUUUCAUUUUUUUUUAUAAAUAAGAACAUUAAACCUAUUAAUUCUGUUUGCCUCCCUAUUAUUUUGUAUCAUAUAUAUUUGAAUCUUAUGGAAAAAAUCUCCCAAUAACUAUGUCUAUGCGUAACUACUAUUUAGUUAAUGAACUGAAUGAAAGAAUAUGGUACAUUUAGUGCGUAAGUCUUGUAUGAUUAUGUACUUUCGGCUUAGGCUUUAAAUAUUGAAUUGUAAUGUGAACAAUUUUAAUUUCUCAGUCUGGGGUGCAGCUUAAAUGUUAAAAGUAUUUCAUGACGGAACAUAUCUAGCUACGGCCUCCACUUUUACUCCUUUCCUUGUCUGGAGGACAGCAAAUGGAGUGGUUAACGAAUGCAUCUGUUUGCUAUGCCGACAUUUGUUUGACAGGGUCUAAGUAAUUUUCAUAGUUUAGGUAGUGUUCUUUGCGUCCAAAUUGCAAGGUCGAGCACUAAGGAUGAGGAGAGUUUCAGCAGAGUAAAGAAUAAUAGAGUUUUAAAUACAACAAAUUUUAGAAAUAAAGAAAGGUUAUGAAAACUUCUAGAGGAAGCCUAAAUUGUGAAUGGAGUCCUAAAGCAAAGUAAGAGGGAAGCAUUUGGUCUUCCUCUUCCUCUUGUUCUUCGUCCUCCACUUCUCCUUUAGCAUCAUUGUCCGAGUCUUCAUUGUUGUCACCAAUGGAUUGUGCUCUGUGCUGUUGUUGAAUGGUUGCAAUUUCUUUGUCCACUGCAUCGAAUCUUGUCAUGUAGGUGGAAUGGUUUGAGACUAGCAUUGUUAGAUGUUUUAGCACACACUUCUCAAAGUCAUUCUUUGGUCUAACAGUUGGGGCUAUAUAGGACGUGUCAAUGUUGACUGGAUCCUCAUCCUCUUCUUGGUCGGCAUUAGGUUCAUUUUUGAAAGCUCGUUCUUUCUCUUUUUCGAAGUCUCAUAUGAUGAAGGACAGGCUUUGCAAUCUUAUCUGUGUGAUUGUACCCCAUGGAGACUUCAUCAUUAAGAUUAACGUGAAAAAAUUCAAAGACUUUAAAGAGGAAGAUGACAUAUGGUAAACUCGUGGUUUUAAACAUCUUUUAAUUUUAAAAAUUUAUUCUAAGUUUGAAAAAGUUUAAGAUUCAACUAAAAAACAAUUCCGAAGAAAAAGAUAAGUUAAUAAUUAUUUAAGUUUCAAGUCUUUCUUAAUCAGAGUGUCCUAAGCUCAUUACUUCACCAAUUUCAAAAGUUGUUACUUAUUUCAAAAUAUUACUCAUUCAAGCAAAGAAUUAAACUAAAACUCCUAGACACUACACGGGUUCCACGGGUUCCUCAGCUUAUUUGAUUGACAAGUAUAACUAUUUUUUAAUUUUGAUUUAAUUUUCCUUAUAAAUAUUUUUAAGAAAUCUUUUUGAUCCUUUAUUUUGGAUGGAACAUAUUAUCAUCAAAAAAUUAAUGAAGUUUUGAUGAACAUUAUAUUUUAAAAUUCACUUCUCAUUCACAUGAGUACUUCGAUCUUUACUUACAACGAUAACGCUGUUACAGACGUUUUACCUUUCAUAGUUGAUUGCUUCAAUCCUCCAAACAUUCUCAUACUUAAUUAUUGUAUCGCAUACAUCAAUGCAUAAACACUUUUUCUAUAAUAUACUCCGUUCAACUUUGCAAUCAUAUUCAAUGUCACAUUUGAAAAUGAGGUACUCAUAAAACCAUAAAAUUUAAUUUUUCAAAAACUUCACCACAACAUUUCUCAUGUUGCACGCUCCUAUUCAAAACUUUUACCUAAACUAUACAAAAGUUAAAGCUUUGAUUUAUUUAUUUUUUCAAAAGAGGAACAUGUCAGUAUUUAAAAGACCAACAAACGAACCAAACUAAUUAUACCAUAAAUUUAGUGACUAACUGCAUAAAACCAAGCAUCCUGAAU